CACACUUCCUGAAUGAUGAAAAAUGAUUUAGAUCUAAAGGAUAUAAAAGAUCCUGAAGAAUUAGGCUUAAACUAAAAGAUGGAUUGGUAAUUGACCAAAUAAAAAUAUCAUUUUAAGAUUGAAAUUUCUUACAAAAAAAAAAGUAUAUUCUAAAUCUUAUCACUGAAUAAUAAUCAUCAUCUACAAAAUCUAUUCAACCAUACUAAUUAUAAUCUUUUAUUUAUUUCUAAUAGUUCAUCCUCAUUAUAAGAUGCUAUGCUCACAAUACUAUUUGAUUAAGGAGAUGCUAUAAAUGAAUUACAUCUAGGUCAAAAAUAAGAUUCUAAUAAUCGUCUCUCAAAAUUAGUGAGCAAUACUGAAAUAAAUCAAUAUCAUUAUCAAUACUUAUUAAGAAAAUCAAAAAAUAAAAUCAAUAAUAAGAUUAAAAGAAAUAAUUCUUAAUCCUCUUUAUUUACCAUAUGA